AUGAUGCAAGAGCUGGGCUUGAAGGAGGAAGACCUAGACGACGUGGUCUUCGACGAGAAGGACGCGCCGCAGGCGGCAGCUCGGUGGAUCGCUGUUGCUAGGGUUAACUCUGAUAAACCCUAUAGUCAGUUUUGGUUCUUUCGGAACAUGAGAGCGGCUUGGGACCUCGCGCAAGAAGCCAAGUUCAAGCCUCUAGAAGAGAAUCUCUAUACUAUCCAAUUUUCCUGCUUAGGGGAUUGGGAGAGGGUCAUGCAGGAGGGACCGUGGCACUUCCGUGGGGAUGCAGUCAUCCUGAAGGAAUAUGACGGAGUGACGAAGCCAUCAAAUGUCAAGCUGGACACAAUUGAGAUCUGGAUCCAGAUUCAUGAUGUCCCAAUCCUCUACGCCCAUCUGGUUCCAUCCCUUGCAUCAAAGGUGGGUGAGGUUCUUUUCACCGAAUCCCAGUCGCAUGAUUUCACGGGAAACUUCUACCGUGUCGGGGUAAGGAUUAAUGUCACCAAACCCCUCAAGAAUGCAGUAUCCAUGAUACGGGGUGGCGAGAGGCAGAUAUACAAGGUCAAAUACGAGAAGCUACCGGAUUGGUGUGCAGUGUGUGGCAUGCUGGGUCAUCUCUUCAAGGAACAAGGGACAGGCAUCCACCCUCCGUCAGCUCUUGUCUUUAAGGAGCUCAGGGCGUCUUGGUUCAUGAGGAACGGCAGCGGCCCGGGAGGAGGUCGCGGACGCAGGGGUGGUCGCAGAGGAGGACGUAUUGGAAGAAGCGGGAGGUCACGCUCUCAGCAGGGCGGGGAUGACGAAGAGCACACGGAACAAGUCUUGGAGAUGCUUGAUGCUGAGAGACUGAAGAAGAGGGGAUCGGAACCAACGCAGCACCAAUCCCAGGUUGUGCUCUCGAACAAUUCUGACCAAUCUUCGGCGGUGACAAAUGGGACUAUGCUGGCACUGCCCCCUCCAUCGGUGCCACUAAGCCCAAGCGCUAUUAAGGAGACAAAGAGAGCAAAGACGGUGCCUGAGACGGAGAAGGUUUCAGCGUGA